CCCAAACACACAUAUAUUUCCUGGAAUCCGAGAAGGCAGCUGAGUUGUGGCUAUGGUCGAGUGGUGUGUUGUGCUGUGCAGUCUGAGACAGGAGUGAAGAUGGCUACCCUGAGGAUCUGUGUGUCAUUGCUGUGCGUCCUGCUGUGCGUCCUGAUUGGCCAAUCAGAAGGCCAGACUGGUGACAGAGAAGCUGCAGUGCUAAUGGACAAGACCACCUCGAGUUUCUCAGCCGCUCACGGGAGUCUGACCGAUCUGGUCAACAUCGCGAACACGCUCACUCACUCCCACAACCAAAGUAUGCUAAAAGAUGGCCUGGAAGCCUUCGAUGGUGUCGCCAAGCUCGUUCCCUUCAUGGAAGCGUUUGGCUCGCUUGUGCGCUUCACACUUGGCUUCGUGCCGAAGACCAGCCCUCACGUGACGUACAUGAAGAGGCGAUUCAGGCAGGUCAGCAGGGAGCUGGACUCCCUCUCCGCCCAGGUCCGGCCACUUCCCAGCAUGCCUCUCUGGCCGAGCGAGGAGGAGGGCGUCCUGCUGAACGGCUGGGCCCAGCUGGAGCAGCUCGUGGCCAGCCUCGCCGCGGUCGACACCCCCGAGGAGAGGACCAGGGCGGCGGAGAGAUUCACUGGCCACUGCGAGAGCAGGGGGACGGAGGACGGCGUCAUGAGCUUCCACAGGCGCGUCACCGAGAGCAGCCCGCUGAGAGGGCAGAGUCUGCUGCAGCUGAUCUGGGAGCAGUCUGAGGGGGACGUGCGAGUGCUGACGAGGUUCUCGUCCUACGUCACGGCUCUGAUGAUCCGAGGUUCCUUCGUCAGCACGAUCUACGACAAGCUCAAGAGUGAACGCGCCGACCUGCAGAGGGCUCUACCGGCCGCCGAGCAUCUGCUCUCGCUCUCGAAGUUCCUCCAGAGGAGACUUCUCGACUGCACGGACGGGUACGCGGCAUGGGUCAGGAAGGACGUGGAGGAGAUCAUGACCGGUCCGUUCUCAGAGAUCAGGUCGAUGGCCACAGACAUCAAGGCCCACCUGGACGCCAAGUUCAGCUGGUUUACCUGGACUGUCAUCGUCCUGGACUCCAGCUUGGAUUAUGGGUUCACGUACGGAUACUCCAUCACAAUGCACUCUCAGGGCCGGGCGGUCUACCUCGUCCCUCGCAGCAGUGAGGCGGAGGUCGACGCAGCUCGCCGUGUAGAAACGCAUCAGAAAAUGGAGAAGAACAAACAUGUUUGCCCUUUGGUGCAGGAGAACAUGUCAGAGGUUUUCCCCAGCAGCCUGGUGAAGCAGAUGGCUUUUGCUCACGCCACCCCCGAGUCUUUAGACUACACGACCGUCGGCGACACCGUCACUGUGAACUGCUAUACAAACUUUAUGUUCAUAACAACAGGAACAUACAUCAACACUGUUGUUUUGAAGAGCAUGGGAAGUCUUGACCACCCCAGCUGCUCAAUGCUAAAGUGUCGGCAUGGAACCUGUAGGCAAGCUCAGAACUCCUCCGUAGGAUUCUGUCUAUGUGAGACCGGGUUCUAUGGUCGCAGUUGUGAGAAUGACAUCUGGAACGAAAUCAGGAACUCGAGAGCCUUGAAGGAAAAGAUCAGCUCCGUUAAUGUCAACCCUGUUCCAGACAAAACUGCAGUUUACUUCCGAGUUCAGGAACAAGCAAGGCACGCAGAGGCACGAGAGAGAUUACACUGGGUGAAACUACGCUACCAGGAUGUGAUGGAUAAACUGUCCUUUCUAAGUCAUCAGGCUGCUUUGUUGAAAGGACAACAGAUUUCUACUGAUAGAUUUGUCUCAAAUGUUGGGGACAUUCUAAAGACAGAAGGGGCAUUUACGUAUCUCCUGUUCCAGUUUGACAACAUGUUAAGAGGGAAUAAAGGGGAAGAGGACUCAAGCCUUCUGGAGGCUCUACAAGAGCUGCUCUUGCAUCCAAAAGAUCCGUCAGUUCAACCGCACGAUCCAAUCGCCUGCUCGGCCACCUACGCAGAAAAACUGGACGACUUUGUCAUGUCCGUGAGCACCCUUAGGUCAGAGGGGGUUUCAGCCUGGGAGAAAUAUUUCAUAUUUGUGUAUGGUAAACCCAUAGACCCUACUUUUGUAAAUACUCAGAAUCUCUCCGUGGGCACUGGGUGUGGUCCUCUCAGCGCUGAUCACCUGGUCAAUAGCCACUGCCAGAGGCCACACCACAGCGCUGACCAGCAGCGCGUCCAGCUCAAAUGUUCCGGAAGCUUCAAGGCGUUCCCAGAGACAGCGCAGUGUUCUAACGGACGGUGGAGUGCCUUGCCCGUGUGCUACACGGAACCCAGAAACGGUGCCACCCAGUGCAGAACGGAGAACGGCACCACGGUAUGUGAGGCGUCAUGUGACCACAGCGCCGCCCUGCUGCCAAGCGGAGAGCGCUCUGAGGUCUACCGGUGCAGCGGCGCCCCCUGCAGGCCCUUCAGCCCGUCUGGCCCGUGCGCGGGACCCCGCUGCUCCAGCAGCAGCAUGUGUGAGGACAGCGAGGUGUGCCACGCCGGCAGGUGUGUGGACGGCUGUAGCAGCUCGCCCUGCGGAGCCAACGGCGUCUGCGCCACCUUUAACCACGCGCCCGUGUGCACCUGUGUGGUGCCGUGGCUCAAGAACCGGAAGCAGGAGUGCAGAUUACCCAGCCUGCACUGGGCCGAGGUCACACACAUACCUAAUGGCACUGUUAAAAGCCCCUCUGGCAAGCGGGUGUGUCGGGCUACGGGCCCCGGCGGAGACUGGCACUCUGGCUGGCUCUACACGGUGGCUGGGCGGGACUCCUGCCUCUUUGGCUACGAUGGCAAGACAAUGAGAGCCACCAAAUAUGAGUUGCUGCUGGACCCCUGUGAGAGUAAAGGUUACCUGUGGAUCCCUGGAGGCCCCCACUCUGACUCCAUGUGGGCAGGCUACACCACAGACACACCGGGCAGGAUGCUGUUUGUGUGCAGUUGGUGGGAAAAAUAUCUGGACAGCAAGCACGGCUUCCCCGGGACUCUGGCUCAAACCGCAGAGGGAUACAAGUGCACCAUCGCUCUCAACCGCGCCGCUCACACCACCUCCACUUACCUGACUCUAGUUCGGGUGCAGUCCUGCCCAACUUCAUCAACAGUGGGUAGAGUGCACAGCCAUUUUUAGCUGGGAAGCAUCAAGCCAACAGACAAUGGAUGGAGCACUGUUAUGUUGAAGUGGGACUAGUAUCAACCCCAUGGACAUUGAAUUGCACACUGUUAUGUUGAAGUGGGACUAGUAUCAACCCCAUGGACAUUGAAUGAGUGCAGGAGCCAUGCUAAAGUGGGACUAGCCAAGACCUCAUUAACAAUGGGUGAUGUGCCCAGCCAUGUUGAACUGAGACUGCUUACAGUAUAUGGACUUCAUGAAUAUUGUGUGAAUAUGAAUACUUGAAUUGAUACUAGUAAGCUACAAAGCUCAUAAAUAGAUAAAUAGAUAGAUAGAUGGAAAUACAAUUGUGAGAUGAUCUGUCCACCAGAUUUCAGAUUCCAUAGGGAACUGUCACUGUGAUGCAGUAUGCAUAAGUGGAAGUAAUGCAGUGAGAUCUUAGAGUGUAAUAUCAUGGAGGUAGUGCAAAAAGUGAACAGUGCAAAGAUACAGUAUUACUAGUGCAAGACUAGAAUCAUUAUUUUAUCUGAUAUAAAACACACAAAGGUAAACAGACAGGGAAAUCAACUAUAAAAGUCCUUAAUACUUUAUAUAAACAAAUACAAAA